AUGGCACAAAGGGAACAAGGGUGGCCUCUAGGCCUUGAGCCAUUGAAUGCAAGAAUGGGGUUGGUGAGGAACGCUGAUUUCUCUGGUUCCAUCUCAUUCACCACUUUAAUCACUGCUUCUUCCCCCAGCUCCUCCUGCAUCUCUUCUUCGGAUCUUGAUACCCAGUCGACAGGGUCAUUCUACCAUGACAAGAGCAUGACACUGGGGAGCCUCAUAGGAAUAUCGAGCUUUAUCGAGCUGUCAAGGACAUCAACCAGGAGAAGAAGAACGCAAACCUCGAGAGAAGAGAAGAAGAAUUGCAAAUUUAGGACCUGGUUUUUCUCUUUAUGUUCGAAACUAAGCACCGAUGCAGUGGACACAAACAUCAAAUCUCAGUCACUGGGUCAAUUUCUUCAAGUAGAAAGGCGAGCGGCAGCCAACACUUGCACAAGGAAUCAUCACCACACCAGUGUUUCAUAUGGACCGGCAGAUUUCUUACCUCUCAUGCUUACUGCCUAUUCACUCUUUGUAUCCAAGACUUCUUCACGAAAACAUUUAUGA